UCGGAGAUCUGCGCUGGCUGCUUUGGCUCGCAAAGCGCUGUUGGCGAGUCCCCUGAGCCUGUGCUGCUUCCAGUGCCUGCUGCCAACUGGGCUGGCAUGAUCGGAUUGAGUUUACAGCUUGUGUGAGCUCCGGGGCAUCCUUUCCCCCAGCAGCUCCAUGCCUGCUUAGAUUUAUGGCCAUAGGGUGCCACUGCAGACACCCGCUAAGCGUUUGCAAGGUGCCCAUGAGCUGAAGUAUGGUGUUAUUAUAUGUUGCCCGUCAUUCACCACCCUUCAUAUCCAAAGUCGUCUGUGGAAAUACAUCAUGAGAACUUCUCCCAUCUGUGUUUGGUUACAGAUGUGGCUGUAGUUGAGGAUUAUCGAGUUUCUCAACUGCAUCCUGUUGUUGAGCCUCUGGGUCUUCCCACGGGUGGUCCAAGUGCUUUAGGGCCGCGGGGGGUCCUCAAGGAUGUGGCCAUGGGUGAUGAAGAUUUUCCUUCUCCUCUGGACCCUGGAUAUGAGGCUCAGAGACUUCCUGGAGGCAUUCCUGCAGGCAGUGGCCUUCCAGCUUCCCAGCUGGAUCCUGUUUCUGAGCCUCAGGAGCAUGCCAGGAAUGUGGCCGCAGGUGAUGGCAAUGCAGCUUCUCAGCUGGAUGCCCAUGUAGAGUCUGUGGGGAAUCGUACAGGUCCUCGGCAGAGGAAGUACGAGGCCCAGAGAGGAAAGUUGGCUGAGAAAUAUUCUAAACUCCUUCAGAAAAUCUUGAAGGACUUGGAAAGAGCAGCUGAUGUGGCUGAAGUUGAUGGCUAUCCAGCUUCUCAGCUGGAUGCUGUUGCUGAGCCUCCAGGUCUUCCCAGGGGUCGUCCAAGGGCUUUACAGCUGCAGGGGAGACGCAGGGGCUAUGGUUAUCCAGCAUUUCGGCUGUUUCCUGUUCCUGAGCCUCAGGACAAUCCCCAGGAUGUGGCCGACAUUGAUGGGCAUGCAGCUUCUCAGCUGGAUCCCCAUUUUGAACCGCAAGAUGGCCGUGCACGUAAGUCACGAAUAUUUAGCUUCUUUGAGAGCUUCCAUGUCACGGACACAAUAUCAGCCAGAUACCUUGUCAGCUUUACGUAUCUAGAGCUCUAUAGGGCUUAUCCAGCUUCUCAGCUGGAUGCUGUUGCUGAGCCUCCAGGUCUUCCCAGGGGUGUUCCUGCAGGCAGGGGCCUCCCAGGUUCUCUGCUGGAUCCCACUUCUGAGCCUCAGGAGCAUGCCAGGAAUGUGGCCAUAGGUGGUGGAGAUUUAUCUUCUCAUCUGGACUCUGAUUUUGAGUCUCUGGGGAAUCUCAGAGUGACAGAUGUCCCUGAAGGCAGUGUUUCUCCAGGUUCUCAGGGGCUGAAGCCCCUCCUUGAGCCUUGGGGAAAUAAGUAG